AUGGCCUCACUGAUGAAUUGGGCGGGAGGCCUCCUGCGCCGAGCGCCGCAAGCGCCUUUGCGAUUUCCGACCACGGGUUUCGAGGUUAUCCCCGUCACACAGCGGCUGGAGGAAGAGAUGUUCGACGAGUUCAGGGCUGGCGAUUUCUACCCUGUCAAUAUCGGGGAUAUUUUUACCUCCCAUAAGUACCAGGUCGUUGGUAAGUUGGGAUUUGGUUCAACCUCGACCGUCUGGCUGGCCCGGAAUCUUCAGUCUGUUUUUCACCCCUUUUUGAACAAGACAGGACCGCGACUAUGUCACUUUGAAGAUCUUCGCACGGGGUACCACUACCUGAGAACUGCUCUCGAUACGUUCCCCAUUGAACGGUCCGGCGGUGAGCAUCAAUGUCUUGUUCAGAAACCUAUGUGGGACAGCUGGAAGGACCUGCUCCGGCGAAAUCCCUCUGGGCGCUUUUCCGACGUCCUGCUCAAAGGCGGCCUCCAGCAUCUCCUCCGUGCUCUGGACUACUUGCAUACCCAGUGCAAGUUGGUCAUACGGGUAAACAUCAAGGCCGACAAUAUCUUGCACGCCAUCGCCGACCCGGAAAUCCUCGCAAACUUCGUCAAGGAAGAAAUGGAAGCCCCCUCACCGCGCAAAGUAGUCAACGGUGCCCCGGUCUACCUAUCUAGGCGUCUUGGCCUCCCCAAUGAAUGGGGCAAAAUCAUUCUUAGCGACUUUGGAUGCGUGGUGGACGGAGAUAUCAAGCGCAACCACAACGCCCAACCGGACGUCUACCGGUCCCCCGAGAUCAUGCUCCAGGCCCCAUGGAGCUACCCGGCCGACAUCUGGAAUGUCGGCGCCAUGACAUGGGACGUAUUCCAGUGCCGCCAUCUGUUCUACGGUCAAGACCCGAGUGGCAGGGGCUAUAUGACCCGCGCACAUCUCGCUGAGAUUAUUGGGUUGCUGGGGCCGCCACCAGCAGAUUUAAUUAAGCGUGGGGUUCGCAGCAAGGAGUUUUUCUCGGAGGAUGGUCAAUGGAUAGCCGACGUUCCGAUUCUCAAAGGAAGCAGUUUAGGGAAGGCCGAACAUUACCUCAAAGGGAGGAAUAAGGCCAUGUUUCUCAAGUUUGUGCGGGGGAUGUUGGCAUGGCGGCCCGAAGACCGCAAGACGGCCGCCGAGCUGCUCUAG